AUGCGUCUGAAAGGACGCGCGGGCGGUCCGAAGUUCGAGCUCGCGGGCGAGCUCGCGGCGCGACUGUACGACCAUCAGAGAGACGGCGUCAGGUGGAUGUGGAACCUGCAGCUGAACAACCGCGGGGGGAUACUCGCGGACGACAUGGGUCUGGGGAAGACGCUUCAAGUCGCCGCGUUCGCCGCCGGAUUGUUGCGCUCGAAAGCCGCGAAGCGGGUCUUGGUUCUCGCCCCGACGACGCUGCUGCCGCACUGGGGGAAAGAAUUCAUCGUCGCCGGGUUAAAGGAGGGCGUGAACUUGCACCGAUUCGCGGGCGGGGGGUCGAAAACGGAUCGAGACAAGGCGUUAUCGAAAGUACUCACCCACGGCGGCGUCUUACUCACGACGUACGGCAUGGUCACGCACAACGCGACCGGACGCGGGUCGAUUGUCGCCGGGCAAGACCUCCCGGACGGAGGCACCGGUUUGUCCUGGGAUUGGGUCGUGUGCGACGAAGGGCACAAGCUUAAGAACCCAAACGCGCAGCUGCCGCGAAAGAUUCGAACGAUCCCUGCGUCGUACCGGCUCAUAAUCACCGGGACGCCGAUACAGAACCACCUCGCGGAGCUCUGGGCGCUGUACGACUUGUGCUGCCCCGGCUUACUCGGGGACGAGGUCGAGUUCAGGAGGGAAUACUCGAAGAAGAUUGGCCUCGGGCAGAGCCGCGACGCGACCCAGCGGCAGAGAGAAGCGGGCGCGCGCGCGUCGGACGAGCUCCGGACGAAGUGCCGCCCGUUCAUGUUACGACGCGAAAAAUCCUCCGUGCUCGCAAAAGCCGCGGCGGACGAGGCGGGGACGACAUCGGGCGAGGAAUCAAACGAGACCGCCGCCGCCGCCGCCCACGCGCCGUCGCAGCUCGGGAGCAAGAACGACCUCAUCGUGUGGCUCCCGCUUCGACCGGCGCAGAGGCGGUUGUACCAGCAGUUCCUAAAGUCCGGCCCGGUGAGGGCGGCGCUGAACAAGACCGGGUCCGCGCUGAGCGCGAUCAACGUGCUGAAGAAAAUUUGCGACCACCCUGCGUUGUGCUGCGCGAUAACCGGCGCGUCCGCCGCCGACGCGGCGGCGUCGUCCACGUUCACGCGGUCGCCUUCGAAAUCCCCCGGGGGAUCCAAGUCCGCCGAUCUCGGCGGCGAUCCGUCGGCGUCCGGUAAAGCCGCGUUCCUGAUGGACAUGCUCCGGCACCUCGCGAGUAACGGCCACAGGACGCUCGUUUUCUCGCAGUCUCGCGCGAUGCUGGAUGUCCUCGAGAAAGCAGCCGCCGCGGAGGGCCACAAGCUCGUGAGGAUCGACGGCAACGUCCCCGCGGAUGAACGUCACGCGCGCGUGGAGCGGUUUCAAUCCGACGCGUCCAUCCCGCUCGCGCUGCUCACGUCCCAAGUCGGCGGGUUAGGUCUUACCCUGACCGCCGCGGACCGGGUCGUCAUCUACGACCCCUCGUGGAACCCGGCGUCUGACUCGCAGUCCGUGGACAGGGCGUACAGGAUCGGU